GAGGAGCGGAGGGUGACGUCUGAGGGGGUCUUGUGAUAGCUGAAAGGCUUUUGUCCCAUCACAAGCCGCUUUCUUCUGAAGAAGACUGAUAAAAUUUGCGAGGAUUUCUUCAGAUGCGACGUGCAGAUCCUGACUAGGCGGUUGUUUUAGGUACCGGGCUUGGGAAAGAAACAGCAGAGUGAAGAGGCCAUGAAGUAAAUGGGUGCCCAAUUAAAUAGAGAAUGGAGAAGGAGUUACGCCUUGCAACUGUGGAAGAUGCAGUGCAGUACCAGCUAUUUCUGCUAACACCCAAACAAGAAGCAUCCGAGCAUCACCAAGAAAUUCUUCAGUCAUAUAUUGAAAAGAUAUUAGCACACUUUGCACCCAUCCUGGUUUCCUAUAUCUGGCAAAACCAGCCAUUUAAUCUUAAGUAUAAGCCAGCCAAAGGCGAUAUUCCUGCUCAUAUUGGCAGUCACACAAAAUUUGGGGAUAACAUUGAAGAUGAAUGGUUCAUUGUGUAUCUUCUAAGAGAAAUUACAAAGGAAUUUCCAGAGUUGGCAGCCAGGGUGGAUGAUAAUGAUGGUGAAUUCCUGCGGAUAGAAGCAGCCGAGUACCUUCCUAAGUGGCUGAACCCUGAGAAUAGCAUCAAUCGGGUGUUCUGGCACCAUGGCAAAUUGUGCAUAAUUCCACUAAGAAACUUUCCUGAAAAGGAGACUUUACUACCUGUUACCAAUUCUACAAUUCUUCAGGCACUGAAGUUAUUAUCUACCCAUUCUGGGGACUUUAUAGCUGCAAAAUCUAUUAGAGCAGCAAUAUAUAAGCGCAUCAGUGGGUAUCCUGAGAAAAUCCAAACUUGCCUUCACCAAGCUCACUGUUACCUUCCAGUGGGCGCUGCAGCGGUACUGAAGCAAUGUCCUGGUUUAGUGUCUGCAGCAGUCCAAGCUUUUUACCUGCGAGACCCCAUUGACUUAAAAGCAUGCCGCGUUUUCAAAGUGUUCCCUCCCGAAACACGCAUAAUGACUUCAGUUACUUUUACAAAGUGUCUGUAAAAGGUGCAGCAGUCUUUCAUACCAGACAGACGGAGUGGGUACUCACUGCCUCCUCGUUCACAUCCUGACUACAAAGCAUAUGAGCUGGGCAUGAAGUUGGCUCAUGGCUUUGAAAUUCUGUGCUCGAAAUGUAGUUCGGCAUUUCAUGAUUCUAACAAACAUGCAUCCAGUGGUCCACUGUGGGACAACUUUCUGAACAGUCUGAAGAAAAAUAAUUAUUUUAAGGGUGAGCUGGAAGGUUCUGCUCAGUACCUGAACAAAUUGCAUAUGGCAGAAAAUUAUUUUCAGCAGACUGUAAUCAAUCCGCAAAGUUCUGUUGUCAGAAGCCCAGGUGAAGAAAUUCUCUCUAUAUUAAAAGCAACUAAUUUGGAGGAUUUUGGAAAAGAAGCAUGCAGUCUUCCACCAGAGGAUGAUGACGAUUGGCUGGAGAUCACUCCAGAUGCUCUGGAACAGAUCCUUAAUGAGGCACGAGGAACCAAUGUGUCUGCUUCUACUUCAAAUGAGGAGGAACAGAACUAUGACUUAACAGAGGUGACCAAAAGCAUGAAGGCAUUUAUGUCUAAAGUAUCAACACAUGAAGGAGUGGAAGUGCCAUGGACAUCUUCUGAGGCUCCAGUCAGUUUUGACGUUGACACAUUCACAGAUGCACUACACAAAAUUUUAGGAACAACUUCAGAAGAACUGGACUCAGAUGAUUUGGAAGAGGAAGAAGAGUUUGAAUUCCUGGACAGUGAUGAAGAUCUAAAAACUGAUAAUCAAGGGGAAACGCCAUCUCAGGAUGACACAGUGGGAAGCCUCAAAUCAUAUAUGGAUGAAAUGGACAGUGAGCUUGCAUCAACCAACAUUGGGAAAAGCUUCACCACCCAGCCAAGAAUGGUUGAGCCUGGUAAAGGGUGUUCAUCUCAAAACACGGACAGUGAUUUGAAAGAUGAUUUUGGGGCAGGAGCUGCUGACUUGACACCUGUGGAUAUAGAUCUCAACCUCGUGGCUAAUUUGCUGGAAUCCUAUACCGCUCAAGCUGGACUAGCAGGACCAGUCUCCAAUAUUCUGCAGAGCAUGGGGGUUCACUUGCCUGAAAAUACAGACCACAAGCCUCACUAGUAGUUUGAGGAUGCGGUAAUCUGGGCUCAUAAUUUAGGAUUACACUGUUUUGACAACAGCAGUACCCCAAGAAAGUUUUUUUUUAAAAUGAGGGAUAAAUGUUUCAAACUGAAGCUCAAGUGCUUCACUUUGCAGGCAGCUUAAAAUAUGCGUGAAAGUGUUCAUUGAAAUCUCCCGUGAUCCUUGUGGAAUCUCUUUUCUAAAUAUAGUCUGCUGUUGCCAUGAUUGUAUUUGUAUACAUUUAGUUAUCCUGAUUUUUUAACAAGAUAAAGAAAAAUUGACUCUAAAAUAUUUUCUAAAAGCCUUUUUAUCUCCAUUAGAAGAUACACAGACAUUUCCUUGCUAUGUUUUCUUCUCACCAGUGGCUCUGAGCCUACCAGUAGUAUGUUUCUCUGGUGCCGAAGGCAGUACAACAGUACAACAGCAUCUGUCACCAGCAGAAGAGGAAUUGCUUUAGAGGAAAACAUGGGUGGACAGAACAGAAUGGUAGGAUCCAGCCCACUGUGACAUUCUUUACAUUGCAAAGUCCCAGAAAAUUCAUUGUUUGAAAUAAAGAGUUGUGUUUUGAGUUACCUGCAGGCACCAACUGAUAGAGGGCAUUCUGUAGAGAUUUUUUAGUCUACCCAUGUUUAUUUUGCUUUCCAGUUACAAUACAAAUAAUUUAAAGUAUUUAAAGCGUAAAAUUGCUAAAUUCAGAAAGUAUUAGUGUUUUUUUUAACAUAGAGGGUCCUUCG